UCUUCUUUAUCCAAGUCAAUGAAUUGGAUUAAGUUUAUUCGCCACAAGGCUUUAUUACAAUUGUAAAAUUAACGUAUUCAAUCCGAAAUCGUUAAUUAACGGAUUAAAAUUAAUUUAAUAAGUGAACUUUUCGCUUAAAGCGUGUCCAAGGAGAUUCGAUUAACAUAACCUCAAAGGAUUGAUGCUUUUCUGUAAACAUGGAUAGCAACAAUCCAGUAACCGAAAAUACUCCAGUUGUGGUGCUCGAACAACCUAAAUCAAAGGUAGGUUCAACAAGUGAGGAAAAAGAAAUCGUCGAGAAUGUUGAUGGGGCCAAACAGAGGAAUACAAAAGCGAAAAAACGGAAGAAACCUAAAGAUAUGACAGCUCCAAGACAUCCUUUAUCAGGAUAUGUAAGAUUUUUGAAUGAUAGACGUGAAGCUGUAAGAGCUGCUAACCCAACUCUUUCAUUUGCUGAAAUAACUAAGAUAUUAGCUAGUGAGUGGAGUACUUUACCGGCGGAUAAAAAACAACAGUAUUUAGAUGCAGCUGAACAAGAUCGAGAGAGAUAUACUAAAGAAUAUAAUGCUUAUAAAAAAACUGAUGCUUAUAAAUUGUUUACGCAACAACAAAAUGAGAAAAAAAUUAUGAAUGCUAAAGAAAAAGAAUUACGAGAUGAACCACCUCCCAAAAUUUUAAAGGAAGCUAAAGAUAUUCAAAACAAUAAUGAAGCGUUAAACUUUUCAAAUUUUGAUAUUCCAAUAUUUACGGAAGAAUUUCUCGAUCAUAAUAAAACCAGAGACGCGGAAUUAAGGCAACUGAGAAAAUCGAAUACAGAUUACGAACAACAAAACGCAACAUUACAAAAACACAUUGAAAGUAUGAAAACGGCCAUUGAAAAAUUGGAGGGUGAAUUAAUGCAACAAAAGAAAAAUAACGCUGCGUUGCAAUUACAUUUGGAACAUUUAAGGAAUACUUUAACUGGGGGAUUCGGCGAUGUAAAACUACCGGGAAUCAAAGAAACGGCGACUUUGCAAACGAUCGAUAGUUACAUGACCAAUUUACACUCAAUGUUGGUAGAAAACAGUAGUCAUGACGCUAAUUUGUUUCAAACUGUACGCGAUAUCGUGAGUCGGUUGGAAUUCGAAGGAUGACAGGGAAUUGGAGGUGGUCGUGGAAGAGGAUUCGGUAAACGUAGAAAGAAACAAAAAAAAAUUACAUAAAAUUGAUUUUAUUCAAAGUGAUUUGAGUUAUUCAUGUUUUCAUAUUGAGAAUUGAGUUUUCUGUUGUGAAGAUGGUUCUUUUUUUGCGAUAAUUUGACUAUGUAUGAAUUGAGAUAAAUAAUUUUGCAUUAUUGCUAGUAAUAAUAAAUAGUAUUUACUGUGAUUAAGUUAUUGUAGUAAUUUAAUUAUUUGAAAUGAUAAAAAUAUGUAUAAUUUGUAAAAUCUUGAAUAUGAUGUGACAAACAUAAUUAGAAGUUAAAUGUUGUCUUUUAUUAA